AACCGUAAGGACUCAAACCUUAAUCCUGAACCAAACGUCUUAUUUGCCGGGAUGGUGUUUAAGAAUAGAGAAGAAUUCAAGCAGCAUAUGGCAAUGUAUGCCAUUAAGAACAAGUUUAGGUUUAGGAAUAGCCGAUCAUGUCCAGAGGGAAUGGUGCUUAGGUGUUUCAGCAGGACGUGCAACUGGCGAGUAUAUGCAGCACUUCUCAAGAACACGCAACUAUAUGAGAUACGCACAGUGGAACUCAGGCAUACCUGCUCGGUUGAUGACAGAUCCGGAUACCAGACACAAGCAACGCACACUGUUAUAGGCGGCAUAAUGAAAGCACAGUUUGCUGGACGAGGAGCAGGCCCGAGACCUAAUGAGAUCAUGCAGGCCAUGCGGGGUAACCAUGACGUCAACAUUUCCUAUUGGAAAGCUUGGAGGUCGCGUGAGUUUGCUUUGGAUUAUGCCAAAGGAACUUGUGGCGCAUCGUACAACCUCCUUCCUGGUUAUCUUGAGAAGCUGAUCCAUUCAAAUCCGGGCACAAUCACAGCAAUGCAUACAGAGUACGCUGAAGGGAUAGGCCACAAAUUCAAAUACUUGUUCCUUGCUUUGUCUGCCUGCGUAGAAGGAUACAAGUCAAUGAGGAAGGUGGUGAUUGUGGAUGGUACGCAUUUGAGAGGUAAAUAUGCCGGAUGUUUAUUGACAGCAUCAGCUCAAGAUGGUAAUUAUCAAGUGUUUCCCAUAGCGGUAGCAGUGGUGGAUGGUGAGAACGACAAAGCUUGGGAAUGGUUUUUAAAAAACCUUACACAGUUUAUUCCUAACGAGGAGGAGGUUGUCUUUGUUUCUGAUAGACAUCCUUCAAUUUACUACGCAAUUGCAAAGGUUUAUCCUCUUGGAAAGCAUUGCGCUUGUAUCCUCCACCUAAAGAGGAAUAUCCGGACACACUUCAAAGACAAGCACCUUGGAUAUCUCGUUGGGAAAGCAGCACGGGCUUACCGUCUUUCGGAGUUCUACAAGACAUUCACCGAGAUAAAAAGGGUAAAUGCAGCGUGUGCUGACUACCUAAUUGGAAUUGGGUUCGAGCACUGGGCAAGGUCGCAUUUCACAGGGGACCGCUACAACGUUAUGACAAGUAACGUUGCGGAGACGUGGAACUCAGUUCUCCGUGAAGCUAGAGAAUUUCCUAUUUUGUCGCUGGUGGAGUACAUAAGAUCAAAGCUGAUGCACUGGUUUUCAUUAAGAAGACAGAUAAAGGCAACAGGAAGCAGCAUAUUAACACCUCGGGUCGUGGAGAUAAUGACGGCUAAUUUUGAAAACAGUGGAGGGUUUAGUGUCAGCUUGGUCGAGACCGGAGAGUAUGAGGUUAAGGAAAGAGAUGGAGAUAUGUAUCAUGUCAGUCUUAACACUAAAACAUGCACAUGCUACGAGUUUCAAACGCUUAUGAUUCCAUGCACACACGCUAUCGCUGCAGCGACAAGGUACAAGGUCCCGGUAGAAACUUUGGCUUGUGAAUAUUAUAGUUUGGCUUACUACAGGGAAGCUUACUCUAUCCCCAUAAAUCCGGUUGUCGAAAUUGAGAAUGUGGAGACCCUGGCAAGCGACGCUUCAGACAACGUCGUCAAAAUCCAUCCUCCAACAACCAGAAGGCCCCCCGGACGGCCCAGAAAAAGCAGGAUACAAUCUCGUGGGGAAUAUGAGGGCGGAGGAAAGAGAAACACUAAGUGUGGUAGAUGCAAGGGCUUAGGUCACAACCGAGCUACUUGCAAAAUGCCGAUAUAACAAAGACAAGUGAUGUUUGGUGGGGAUUUGAGUACCUCGGAUGAUGAAGGUGUAUGCAUGAGGAGGUGGGUCUGUUACUGGGCAGAUUGAAUAAGAAGUUCUUAAUGUAUAAUAUUAACCAGUUAAGGGUUGAGGAGUGGGUAAGUUAAUGCCCGAGGUUGUAUAUAGAAUGAAACUAAAAUAAAAAAUCCCCAUCUUUGUUUGUAUUAAAUGUUAUAUUAUGAAGUUUGUUGCUUUAUUGGUCGUCUCUAUCCGGUUGCAAACAAUGUUGACAGUGAAAAACGAAUAUCCGGUUAUGUUGUUAUUUUUCUACCAACGAAAUUUCUAUGUUUAUAUAAGUUAUAGACUUCUAACAUAAGAAGCUUUAUAUUU